UUGUAAAAGAGCGCUGUGAAUAUUAUUACUAUGGGAUAGAAAACUUUUCCACUCCCCCUCCUCAUAUUUGCCCUGAAAAGAUCCCUGUCUAUGCCAAUCUGCCUUUCUCCAAUGUAAAUGAAGAGAGAGCUGCUUUGCAUAGGAUGGGAUGGGAGAAGACAGUGUGCCUGCAGGCAGCUAAGCUCUCCUCCUCCCUAAUAGCACCAGAGGUCGCUCUGAUUCCCUUAAAGACAGUUCACACAUCUUUUCCUCCUCAUACCUCCCUUAUCGUUCGCAUCUGAGCAGAGUUGCACAAGUGCCUGGAGGAGAGUCGCACAUUAUACCCAUAUGAAGUAGCAUGAAGAAAGGAGCCCUGGAGCUACAUAUCUGCAUUAUAGACUGUGGACAAGGGAUACGUGGCUCUGCACCCAAGACAAGCUCCAUCAUCACCACUCAGUGUUCAGGUGCCAAGUUGGACAGGACUGAGGUGCCAAAGUGGGCAACAGGUGCAAUUCCCUAACGUGUAUUUUGGGAGACCCUGUACUAGAGGGACUUGCACCAGGAAAGUUUUUCUUUGUGUUCGGCACAAAAUAAACUGCCACCAUUACUUCCAAAAGUGAAGAGGACUUUCUAGCCCUGGCAGCGUCCAGGCUGAGUCGCAGGAAACGAGUGAUUGGUGCAGCCAUAGGGGUGGCCAUGGUACUGAUCCUGCUUGUUGCAAUCCCUUUGCUGGUUAGUAGCUCUAAGAGCAGCACCCACUAUGAGAUGCUGGGCAGCUGCAAGAUGGUGUGUGACCCUUACACCCCUCAAACCCAUGGGGCAGAUUCCAGCCAAGAAUUAAUCCUAAUUUCACCACCACCCAACCUUCAGGUAGGUAAGGGGGACCAGGGCAAGAAAGGCAAAUCAGGAAUCAGAGGACUUCCAGGGCCACCUGGGCCACCAGGACCUAGAGGACCACCAGGAGAACCAGGCAGACCUGGGCCCCCAGGCCCACCAGGUCCUGGGCCAGGAGGAUACGUCUCUUCCUAUUACAGCCCCAAGAUUGCCUUCUAUGCUGGGCUAAGGAAGCCUCACGAGGGCUAUGAGGUGUUACGAUUUGACGAUGUUGUGACCAAUGUUGGAAACUAUUACGAGCCAUCAACUGGCAAAUUCACCUGCCCACUGCCUGGGAUCUACUUCUUUGCCUACCACGUGCUCAUGAGAGGAGGGGAUGGGACCAGCAUGUGGGCAGAUCUCAUGAAAAACUCACAGGUACGGGCCAGUGCUAUUGCUCAAGAUGCAGAUCAGAACUACGACUAUGCCAGCAACAGUGUCAUCCUGCACCUAGAUGUUGGGGACGAGGUCUAUGUUAAAUUGGAUGGGGGCAAAGUUCAUGGCGGUAACACUAACAAAUACAGCACCUUCUCUGGUUUCAUCAUCUACCCUGACUGAAAGGGCAGGUGAACUUACAGCAAGUGCUCCAUAAUCCCUACCCUGCCAGAGACUUGCAGAGCAUUGCUCCAGUAAACACAUGCCCUUGAUCCAUUGCCCUCUUACCUCACGGGACACUGCAGGACAUAUCUUCAUUAUCCCCUUCUGUGUUAGGAAUAGCCAGCAUGCUGAUGCUGGCAGUUCCUCUGGCAUACAGGAGAUUUACAAAACUCUCAUUACAGUGUGAUCUAAUGCAGGACCUUUCAGAAUAAAGGAGUUUAAAGUCAGGGUUCCUCUGAUGCACAGAAGCUUCUCAUGUUCAUUGUUUAUUGGCUAUUUCAUUUGGGAGAUGAUGGAUACUCAAUGUGACACUGGGGUGUUGGGAGAGCAUUGUAGUAUGAGGAACUAUGAGGGGAAAAGGUACAUAUGAAAAAGGUGAUCUGUCUGCAUGUGUGUAAUUCAUUGUGUGUGCGUGUGUGUAUGUCUGCGUGUGUGUGAUUGCUAGUACAUGGUAACAGAAACCACAGCCUCGCUACUAUAGCAACCUGUAGGAAUCACACAAAAUCUUGGAAACCCCCUCCUCGAAGAAUGCUGUGUAUUGGAUUUAGAGUCUACAGUUUGGAAUGUGAUUGAUGACGUUUUUAAAUUAAGAUUAGGACUGUGGACAACUUAUUCCAAAAUGGUGACUAUACAGUAAGCAUCACAUUGUAUCACACAGCUACUGUAGAAUACUCGUUCAGAGCCACCUCUUCAAAGGUUCGUCAAAUGACAAAUCCCACACUCGCUUGAAUGACAUUGCCUUGGUUUUUUGUGGACAUGUCAAUCACAUCUUCAUAUUUUAUACUUGCAAAAACCUCAACAGUGCUGCAAUCAAAGCCAAACCCAAUCACAUCUUGAAACUCGGAACAAGCAGGGUAGCCACAUUACACCUAACCAUGUUUAUUGGCUUGUUUUUGAGAGGCGGCCAUCUUGUAUCCUGCAAUGCACCCUGUGCUAUGCUCAUGGUCAUUUUAUUGCUCCAAACAAUACAAAUUAUUAAAAGUCCGGUGGUCUUUAUUAUAUGACCAAUAUAGAUUAUCUGCUUCAAAAUAUAAAAAAAUAUUGAAAACCAAAGCAAAAAGUUAAGCAGCCUUGCUAAAAUACCAUAGCAAAAGUAAUUUCCUCACACACAUCUGCCCUAGUGACUUCAGCAGUAUGUACAUUUUAAAGCACAACAGGGAAAAAAAACAAUAUGAUUUGGUAUUAAGCUUUGCACCGCAGGGUAUUCCACAAAUGAACAGCUUGUGGGUCUGCUUAUAUGUUUGCGUGUAUGGUAGCAGGAAGCUGUAUGUGCGUCACUUCCACUGCCAAGAGGGAGAAGGCGCAUGUGGAACCAAUGCGAUCCUAAUGUUAUAGCCCUAUACUAUAGUGCCCGGGUCUGUGCAUGCUGCUGAGUUGAGCUUUCACCUCUACGUCUCAUGUCUCUUUGUUGUGCAGUGUGAACUAUUGGAGUGUUUUGUACAACUGAUAAUAAAACUUGUGUUACCAGAAAA